CGGUGGGAGGUGCGUCCAGCUCCCAGGACUAGCCACGUAGUGGGCGCGCUUGUACAGUUUGGGCGCCCGGGUCCCUCCAAACGCUCGCACUGGAAAGAGGGGAAGAGUUGCCAGGUACCCGGAGAAGGGACGUGCAGUCGCUGCCCUUCUUCCACCUGCUCCUGGACUCAGCGGGAAGUGGAGGGAGCGUCCAUCCCGCCUGUGAUUCUGGACCCGGCCCCUGCCCCUCCCUGGGGUGGUGCUUCCUCUUCACCUCCGGACUUAAGCUGAGGCUCAUUGCCUCCCUCCCGGGUGCAGAACCGAAUCCCGCCGCGUUAUCUUCUCUGCAGUCUGUGCUCACGCCAGGACACGAUGACAGCUUCCUGUGUCCUCCUGCACACUGGGCAGAAGAUGCCUCUGAUUGGUCUGGGCACCUGGAAGAGUGAGCCUGGCCAGGUGAAAGCAGCUAUUAAAUAUGCCCUUAGUGUAGGCUACCGCCACAUUGACUGUGCUGCUGUAUAUGGCAAUGAACCUGAGAUUGGGGAGGCCCUGAAGGAGAAUGUGGGACCAGGCAAGUUGGUGCCUCGGGAGGAGCUGUUUGUAACAUCCAAGCUGUGGAACACAAAGCACCACCCUGAGGAUGUAGAAGCUGCUCUCCGGAAGACACUGGCUGACCUCCAGCUGGAGUAUCUGGACCUGUACUUGAUGCACUGGCCUUGUGCCUUUGAGCGGGGAGACAAUCCCUUCCCCAAGAAUGCUGAUGGAACUAUUAGAUAUGACUCUAUCCACUAUAAGGAGACCUGGAAGGCUCUGGAGGCACUUGUGGCCAAGGGGCUGGUACGAGCACUGGGCUUGUCCAACUUCAGCAGUCGGCAGAUUGAUGAUGUUCUCAGUGUGGCCUCCGUGCGCCCAGCUGUCUUGCAGGUGGAAUGCCACCCAUACCUGGCUCAAAGUGAGCUCAUUGCCCACUGCCAAGCACGCGGCUUGGAGGUGACUGCCUAUAGCCCUUUGGGUUCCUCUGAUCGUGCCUGGCGCCAUCCUGAUGAGCCUGUCCUGCUUGAGGAACCAGUGGUCCUGGCACUGGCUGAAAAAUAUGGGCGCUCUCCAGCUCAGAUCCUGCUGAGGUGGCAGGUUCAGAGGAAAGUAAUCACCAUCCCCAAAAGUAUCACUCCUUCUCGUAUCCUUCAGAACAUUCAGGUAUUUGAUUUCAGCUUUAGCCCAGAGGAGAUGAAGCAGCUAGAUGCCUUGAACAAAAAUUGGCGCUACAUUGUGCCCAUGAUUACGGUGGAUGGAAAAAGGGUCCCAAGAGAUACAGGACACCCUCUGUACCCUUUUAAUGACCCAUACUGAGACCAUAGCUUCUCAGAUUCCCUGCAGAGACGUAUUACCUGCACACCCCAGAAAGAGGGGUCAGUAAAGCCAUUGGUACAAUAAAUACCACUGUUUGAUUGUCUGGUCA